UUCGUGUCUCUUUCAAAACUAUUGAAAUAAACAAAGUGUUGGUAGGAUGAAGUCAGCUGCUAGUUAUUCUAUUAGCUAUAAAGGAACAGGUCUCUGGAUAUUAUGCUAUCUUCCGCUGGUUAGUUUUUUGUAGCUGACUAUGCUAGCUCAAUAGCCAGCAUACAGGUGAGUGCCAUCACCCAUCCCUGCAUUGUAACUAGCUGACAGCUGACUCACUGAAUCGUUCCUUACUAGCAAUUAUGUUCACUACAGCUAGCUAAGUUAACCAAAUGGAUUCGGACACAAGUGGUUCAGAAGAAUUCUACGAUACGACGGAAGAUGUCGGUUUGAUUAUUUCCAUUAAUGCGUCACCUGGAAAGAGUGUCCUUCCCUUAACAAAGGGGAGUGAGGAACGUCCUACAGUGGUGGCACCACAGGAGCCCUGCAAUGAAGACUCCCUCCAGAUCAUUGACAGCAUAAUUGAGGAGAGCCAGAGGGAGAGCACUUCAAAGGAGGUGCCACAUACAGAGGAUGUUUUGGAAAUUAAGAAUGAGGUACCUGGGGUGCCUAUGGUCCCAGGGGUCAUGGCUGUGGAGCAACGGGUCACUUGUGAUAACUUAGCAGGCUCUUGUAGGUUAUCUACUGCCAUUGAGCAGAAGGACAUGGGGGCCACUCCCAAAACCGGAGGUCCAGAGAAACACUUCCAAUCAACCGCAAGAGUCCCAGAUGUCACAAGCACCCUCAUCCACAAUCGGCAAAGCCAGGUGUCUGCAGAGCAGGAACAGAAGGCAGCUGACAUUUUGGAAGAGGUCCCUCUCACUGCCUUCUCCAUCCCCGCUAAGCCCCCAAUGCAGUUCUCCAAUGAGCCAGAUAUUGUAGCCAGCACUAAGAAGUCCCCACCCAUAAGGCCACCACUUCCUAGUGGCACUCCUCCACGCCGACCCCCUCCCCCAGUCCGUCCUCUACCCCUAUCCUGUACAAGGACCCAGGAGCUGCUGCAGUCAUCAGAACUAGUAUCCUCAAAGCCAGAGGAGCCUAGUGGCUUGAUGUCUCCCAGUACUACAGUUGAACAUAUCACCACGGAACUGCAGCAUUCUUUGGACUUGGCCAGUGCAACCACUGGGGACAAAUUGGUAAUCACUCAAGAACAGGAGAGCCAAAGCUCCCCCUCCAUUGGCACUGAGGCAGCUGGACCCCACCGACCACGCUCCGACUCUGGACGUGAACUGACAGAUGAGGAGAUCCCGUUGAACCAGGCAGAGGAGAAACUGCCCAAUGGAGUCAACCCACUCACACUCCAUAUAAUGAGGAGGACCAAAGAGUACAUCAUGAACGAUGAUGUGCAGUCAGAUGAUGAAGAGAAGCCCCAAUCCCAGUUGCCUGAGACAGACGGAGGAAAGCUCAAACACAGAACAACACAAUUUAAGAAGUUUUUCGGUAAAUCUGUUAAGAGGGCCAAACACUUCGCAGAAGAAUAUGGUGAGAAGGCUGUCAACAAAGUGAAGAGUGUCCGUGAUGAAGUGUUCCACAUGGACCAGGAUGACCCCUCCUCCAGUGAUGAUGAGGGAAUGCCCUACACCAGACCACUCAGAUUCAAAGCUGCUCACAGCUUCAAGGGCCCUUUUGAUUUCAACCAGAUAAAAGUUGUCCAAGACCUGAGUGGGGAGCACACGGGUGCUGUGUGGACAAUGAAGUUCUCUCACUGCGGAAGACUGCUGGCCACUGCUGGACAAGACACCAUUGUGCGUAUCUGGGUCCUGAAGAAUGCCUUCGACUUCUUCUACAACAUGCGGAUGAAGUACAACACAGAAGGUCGAGUUUCACCAUCCCCUUCUCAGGAAAGCUUGUGUUCUUCAAAAUCUGACGCAGAUGGUGGGAUUAGUAGCACCCCGGAGGACCCUGACACCGAAGACAGUAACGCCCCCUUCCGGCAGGUCCCCUUCUGCAAGUACAAAGGGCACACAGCUGACCUGCUGGACCUGUCCUGGUCUAAGAACUACUUCCUUCUCUCAUCGUCAAUGGACAAGACGGUCAGGCUGUGGCACGUAUCAAGGAGAGAGUGUCUGUGCUGCUUCCAGCACAUAGACUUUGUCACGGCCAUUGCUUUCCACCCCAGAGAUGACCGGUAUUUCCUCAGUGGCUCUCUGGAUGGGAAGCUGCGGCUCUGGAACAUUCCUGACAAGAAGGUGGCGCUGUGGAAUGAGGUGGACGGGCAGACGCGCCUCAUCACCGCCGCCAACUUCUGCCAGAACGGGAAGUACGCGGUCAUCGGCACGUAUGACGGGCGCUGCAUCUUCUACGACACGGAGCACCUUAAAUACCACACCCAAAUCCAUGUGAGAUCUACCAGAGGCAGGAACCGAAUUGGCCGCAAGAUCACUGGGAUUGAGCCGCUAUCUAGAGAGAACAAGAUUCUGGUGACUUCCAAUGAUUCAAGGAUCCGUUUAUACGACUUAAGAGAUCUGUCUUUGUCUAUGAAAUACAAAGGUUUUGUUAGCAGCUGUAGUCAAAUCAAAGCGAGUUUCAGUCAUGAUUGCUCAUUUAUUGUGAGUGGUUCAGAGGACAAAUUUGUUUACAUCUGGAGCACCUACCAUGACUUGAGCAAAUUCACCUCUGUCCGGCGAGACCGCAAUGAUUUCUGGGAAGGAAUUAAAGCCCACAAUGCCGUUGUUACGUCAGCCAUCUUUGCACCCAACCCAAGUGCAAUCGUUCCAUCUGAAGCUGGCCUGGAAAAACUGGAUGCAGAGUGUAAGAGCACAGACUCUGCAGACUCCGAUACCAUCCCAUCAGGUGCCCUGAAAUCAGAUCACACAGAAGUACUGAUCUCAGCAGACUUCACUGGUGCCAUCAAAGUCUUCAUCAAUGUGAAAAAGUACUGAACUCAACCAACCCUAACUGCCACCGGAGCCCUCUCAAGCCUGCACUCCUCUUCAGAGUAUAUCUUGAUAUUAUGGCUUGCGAUUCAAGUACCCUGAAGGAAUCUUUUGAAGUUGGGACACUGUGGUCUGUUCUUGUUAGCAUUUAGUGUCCCUAAGGGCUCAAAAAGAUACUGUACAAGCAAAUGAGGAGUGCACAUUUGUGAUUAUGAUCUGGGAUUGUUCUGAAAUAAAUUGUAUGAUUUACAGCAUGAGGAAAACCUGCUCAAAGCACUGCUGUCUACAGUCACUCUUAUCAGGUCAGUGGAGAAGAGUUUACACCAAAUUGACCAGCAGGGUCAGAUUCUCCAAACACUUUUUGAGAAUGUUCUCUGGGACACACUGUCAUUUCAUUUAUGGCACUUUGUGUUGUGAAUUAUUUGAAAACUAAAUGGAUUAAUAUAUUUUUGUUUGUCAUCCUAGAAAAAUAAAGUCUGGCUAUUCAUG